GUAUGGGAGCAUGUGAUCGCAGCAGCGACAGACAUAAGGACAACGAGCAUCGCACCGCUUCUGCAUGUCAGGUUCCGCCAUGUCCAAGGCCACUCUUGCUAUUGUAGCGGGCGCCAGCGCUGCAGUUGGAGCAGCCACGACAGCAGCCAUCUACGGCAUCAGCAGACCAAAAGAGACUGUAACGAACACAAUUGCAACCUCGACAACUACUUCCACAACAUCGAAGACUGCACCACCUCCUCCAUCCCCGAUUCCACCGAUUCCUCAGCGCGACGACCCGAGACAUCCAAUGCUGCCUCCUGUCGACCCUGCUGGUGUAUUUCAAUACGGUUUUCCCGGUCCCGUCUCAGAUAUUCGCAACGCUCCCUCGCUCACAAGCUCGUACAAUCGCGCAACACGGAACCCACAUUGGGUCGCAGAGCACAUCACACCCCAAUCUCUUCUCAUUCAGAACGGCGAUCGCCGGCACAGCCAAUUCACAGAAGAUGCCUCGAUCCCAGAAAAAUUCCGAGCGAAGCUGAAAGACUACUUCCGGUCAGGCUAUGAUCGUGGACACCAAGUUCCUGCCGCAGAUGCGAAAUGGAGUCAAGAGGCGAUGGAUGGCACAUUCGCAUUGUCAAACAUGUGUCCGCAGGUCGGAGAGGGCUUCAAUCGGGACUACUGGGCACAUUUUGAGGACUUUUGCAGGAGGUUGACAUCGUACUAUCCUAGCGUGCGAAUUGUCACAGGACCUUUGUAUCUGCCGAAACGGGAUCCCGUUGAUCAGAAGUGGAAGGUCAGUUAUGAGGUUGUUGGACACCCGCCAAAUGUGGCUGUGCCGACGCACUUCUACAAGAUCAUCUUUGCAGAGGACGGGAAGGCUGGAGGGAAAGUGAGUUUGGGAGCUUUUGUGUUGCCCAACGAUAAGAUUCCGAACGACAAGCCGCUGGCAGACUUCGAGGUGCCCAUUGAGGCGGUUGAGAGGGCAAGCGGACUGGAGUUUGCGAGUCUGUUGCCCCCAGCGAGAAGGAAGCAGCUGUGCAAGGAAGUGAGCUGCAGUGUCAUCAUCAAGGAGUACGCGGAAAGGCAGAAGGCUUUCACGAAGAGUCCGGCACAAAUUCAGCCCAGCCCUGCGCAGCCACCUGCGCAUACGCCUUGGGGUUCGAGAUGAUCGAGGGAGUUAGGUUGA